UUCAAUCCCCAGCAGAGAGAGAGGAGGGGGGGGGUAGAUAUGAGAAUCAAGGCCCAGGUGCUCCUUUUGCUUCUAGGACCUCAGUGGACAGAACUUGCUGAUAGAGCUGAUUACACAAUCAGAUCUGUGUGUCUGUAAUCUCUAACCUGGAACAUGCUGUUAGGCUGUUGCCACUCUGGCCUCAAACUGGAACAUCUCUGCAUUUUUCCUGAGGACCUGCCUGGAAAGGAAGUGGGGACUGCUGCUGUGGAAGUGUCCUUGGUGCCAAGGUGUCCUACAGUGUGCUGCUCCCACCCCGCAGCUGUGUUUAAGUGCAGAGUUUCCUGGAGGCCCCGCUGUCCUCCUGCUCCUGGCAUGGCACUGCAACGCUUCACGCUCCUGGCUGGCCUUCUGGUGGGAGUUGCCAGCAAGUCCACAGAAAGCGAGGCCCAGCAGCCUGAGUGCUGUGUGGACGUGAUGGACGCCAACACCACAUGCCCAAGCACAGGCCUGUGUGGCCCAGGCUGCUAUAGACGCUGGAACGCGGACGGGAGCACCAGCUGCAUCCGGUGCAGGAACGGGACGGUGCUGACCUAUAACAGCUCUGAGUGCAGAAGCCUUGCUGCCUGGGGUGCGCAGUUCCCCAUGAACAAAAGCACAGGGCUGCCUGGACGGCCACAUUUUGGGGGUUCCCACGUGGCAGCUUCCCUCUUCCUGGGGACGUUCUUCGUCAGCGCAGGUCUCAUCCUCUCUGUGGCUGGGUUCUUCUACCUCAAGCGCUCCAGUAAGCUCCCCAGGGUCUUCUACAGGAGAGACAAAGCCCCAGGCCUGCAGCCUGGUGAAGUCGCUGCCAUGAUCCCCCCACCACAGUCCUCAGUGCGAAAACCAAGAUAUGUCAGGCGCGAGCGGCCUCUGGACCGGGCCGUGGACCCUUCUGCCUUCUCCACAGCAGAGGCCCGAGUCAGCAACGUCUGACCUGGAAGCUGAUCCAGACUGCACUGCCUGCAGCUUGGAGGCUGGAGGAUCCCCCUCAAAGAGCCCCCYACACAAAGGGCUUGUCACCUGGGGCUGGGGACAGGCCAGACCUGGCUCCCAGUGAGUGACAGGCUGAAGGGGAACCCACCCACUGGUUCUCGAAAGUCCUUUUGCUCCGUCCACCCUGCUUGGUUUGACCCACAGGAGCGGGCAGAUGUGAGCCUGGGGGGCUCAGGCCACAGCCAGACCCACACAGCCAGAACUGUUAGGAGACGGCAGGGUCCCGAGGCUGCUUGCACCUGGAGAAACCAGGGGAGGCUCUACCCUCUGGAGUCCGUGGUAGCAGGACCCCUCCAGGACCGCCCAGCCCAGUGGCCCCCACAGACCCCUCUAAGAGGAAUGAAGCUGAGGCCUGGCCGGCAGCAGGAUGCAGCUGUGAACCUAAGACUGAAGCCUCCAGGUUGCCUUGCUCCUGUGGUGGCCAGGAGGCCACAGCCACACCCUCAGGAGCUACAGAACUGAGUUCCCUGAGGCACUGCUGUCCCAGUCCCAGGCCUGGCACCCCAGGCCUGACACACUGGCCAGCAGACACCCAGGCCGGGCACCCACAGCAAAGUGUCCACACAUGGGUCCUCCACAUCUGAAUCCCCAGGUGUUCUGGGCCCGUGGAAGGCAUGCUGGCCAGCGGCCCUUGCCYGGUGGUCCUGUCCCAGCCAUCCCAGGCCACCAGACACUGCCUGCACAUGGCUAGCUUGGCUGGGGCCACCAGCCAGGGCUUCCUGUAGAGGAGGCUCGAUGGUGGCCACCUCCUGCGUGCUGGGCUCAGCACUUAGUGGUCUGUCGCUGUCCUCAGGUGUCCUGCCUCAUUUCCAUCGAGCCUGGCCCACUUCUUGGGGACGUGGCUGUGCUCUGGCACUGUGAUUCUGUGUGCAGCUCAUCAUCCGCGAGUGGUGGACUUGGUCUCUGAGGCUGGCCAGCCACUGGCCCGGCCACAGGGGUGGGGUGCCCAUCUGAA